AUGUCUAUGGAUAUUGACGAUGCGCCCGUGCCCAUCAGUGCACAGCAGCAGCAGCACUCUGGGGCGACCAUCCUCUGCUGUAACUGUGGUGCCGCCAUCGAUGGAACCACAGCAACCGGCGCGCUUUGCUACGACUGCGUCAAGCUGACCGUCGACAUUUCCCAGGGCGUCCAGCGUGAGGCGACACUACAUUUCUGCAAGGACUGCGACAGAUGGCUAUUACCGCCCGCCAGCUGGGUCACUGCCCUUCCCGAGUCCCGAGAACUGCUUGCGCUGUGUUUGAAGAGACUGAGGGGCUUGAACAAAGUGCGAAUCGUCGAUGCCAGCUUCAUUUGGACAGAACCACACUCGAGACGUAUCAAGAUGAAGCUCACCAUCCAGGAUGAGGUUCAGGAUGGCAUGCUCCUUCAACAGACCUUCGAGGUGGUGUUUGUUGUACACACCCAGCAGUGCCGAGACUGUCAAAAGUCUUUCACACCCGCUCACUGGCAGGCUUGCGUCCAGGUCCGACAAAAGGUCCUUCACAAGCGAACCUUCCUUUUCCUUGAACAGCUCAUUCUCAAACACAACGCCCACCGGGAUACGCUGAAUAUCAAAGAGGCCAAGGACGGCAUCGAUUUCUACUUUAGCGCCAGAAACCAGGGUGAAAAGUUUAUCGACUUCCUCAACUCAGUUGUCCCAGUAAAAGUAAAAUCAUCCCAAGAACUCAUUUCGAUGGAUAUCCACACCUCAAAGAAGUCAUACAAGUUCUCCUACUCGGCGGAACUUGUCCCAGUAUGCAAGGACGAUUUGGUGGCACUCCCGAUCAAGCUUGCAAAGCAAGCUGGAAAUAUUUCACCUCUCCUCCUGUGCUACAAGAUCGGCACUGCCGUUUAUCUCAUGGACCCGCAGACUUUGCAGACUACAGAAAUCGCCUCAUCGAUAUACUGGCGGGCCCCAUUUACAUCCCUCGUAGACUCUCAGGAGCUCGUUGAGUUUAUUGUCAUGGAUAUCGAGCCCACAGGUGUCCAGAAGGGCAAGCUGAGACUAGCCGAGGCUACAGUGGCUCGUGCCUCUGAUCUGGGCGUCAAUGAUAGAACCUAUUUCACAAGGACACACCUUGGCCACCUCUUACAACCUGGAGAUUCGGCCAUGGGCUACCUUCUUAGUGGUAGCGUUUUCAACAACCCUGAAUACGAGGCCAUUGAGCAAUCCAACACAUAUGGCUCAACCAUCCCCGAUGUCGUCCUCGUCAAGAAAUACUUCCCCCGUCGCCGCAAGAACCGCCGCCGCAACUGGAGACUCAAGCGCAUGAACAAGGAUGAAGGCGAGUUGCUUCCUAAGCAGGCUGACCAGGAUCGCAUGGACCGUGAGUAUGAGUUGUUCUUGCGCGAUGUAGAGGAGGACGACGAGCUCCGGGCCGCCCUGGCGCUAUACAAGCAGCAAAAACAGGAGGAGGAGAUGAGCAUGGCAGACACGGAGGCUGAGGAUGAUGACGCGCCACAAGUCAAUAUGGAGGAGCUGCUAGAUGACUUUGAUGAGCUAAAUAUGGACGACGCUUAG